GAGAGAGAGAGAGGGAGAGAGAGGAAGCGAGCGGCUGGAGCACGGAGAGCGGACAGAACCGGGAUACCGUCUGUCAGGAUAUCAGAGUGAGGGGGAGAAAAAAAACACUGACGACAUGAGGAGAUGAACAACCGAACCGGACUUUAGAGGAGAAAUUCAAGAAGAAGAAAGACAUUUUAAAGGAGAGAAAAAAAAACAUUCGGCCGCUGUGAUUUAGUGGAGAUAUUUCGCUUCAGAUUCACAGAGAGGAGAGAGACAGCGCGUGGGUCAUGCAGCACUACGGGGUGAACGGCUACUCCCUCCACGCCAUGAACUCGCUGAGCGCCAUGUACAACCUCCACCAGCAGGCGGCGCAACAGGCCCAGCACGCACCUGACUACAGGCCGUCAGUGCACGCGCUCACACUUGCGGAGAGACUGGCUGACAUUAUCCUUGAGGCCCGGUAUGGCUCCCAGCAUCGAAAGCAGCGGCGUAGUCGGACAGCCUUCACCGCUCAGCAGCUGGAGGCCCUGGAGAAAACCUUCCAGAAGACCCACUACCCUGAUGUGGUGAUGCGUGAACGUCUGGCCAUGUGCACCAACCUGCCUGAGGCACGUGUGCAGGUCUGGUUCAAGAACCGUCGCGCCAAGUUUCGCAAGAAGCAGCGCAGCCUGCAGAAAGAGCAGCUCCAGAAACAGAAGGAGGCGUCAGGGGGAGCAGAGGGCUCCACAGAGGACUCCAAGACCGACAUCACUACCAACACCUCCAACAACACCACAACCAGCGCCACCACCCUGGUUCCCGAGGCCCGCACUCCUCCCCCGCCCUCCUCACUCUCAUCCUGUCACUCUGAGACAGAGAGGCUGGCGGCGGCAGCAGCAGCAGCGUCGCGGCCCCAGUCGGGCGAGAUGAGCGUGGAAGUCAACGUCACCUCCCCUGAACCGUCGGACAGCGAGUCAGCGGCAGAAGAUAACGCUGACAGAGAAGAGGAUGAUAUGAGGGGGGAGGCGAGGGUGAAGAUCAGGGAGGAGACGCCGGAGGAGGGGGGGACACAGCCAGGGAGCGGCUCUCCAUCCUGCAAACAACUCAGCCCCACAUCAGACUCUCCCCUGAGCUCCCCCGCCUUGCCGUCCUCCAGCAGCGUGACCAGCGGUUUGGCUCAGAGCAACUCCUACGCCUCGUCUCCCCUCAGCCUCUUCCGGCUGCAGGAGCAGUUCCGGCAGCACAUGGCCGCCACCAACAACCUGGUGCACUACCCGUCCUUUGACAUGAGCACGCCGUCCUCCCUGCCCUACCUGGGCAUGAACGUCAACAUGCCGUCCCCGCUGGGCUCGCUGCCCUGCCAGUCCUACUACCAGACCCUGUCGCAGGCCCAGCAGGUGUGGAACAGCCCUCUGCUACAGGCGGCGCCAGGCGGCCUCCCCGGAAGCCUCAACAGCAAGACCACCAGCAUCGAGAACCUCCGCCUGAGGGCCAAGCAGCACGCAGCCUCGCUGGGACUAGACACGCUCCCCAACUGAAGCUGUGGCUGGUCCAUCUACGUGUUCGGGCUCUGCUUUGGGCUGUAGCUAAGAAUUAUGGGCCCUGUCCACAAGAGGUGACUCUGGCUCCCCUACACUUUCCUCUUGACCUCACAGCACUGUCAACAACUCUGUGUAUCCAUUCAAAUACUCAUUUGAAAUAUUUCAAAUUUGAACCAAUUUGUGGUCACGAUUCCUCUGUUCAAAAUCUGUCCAAAUUUCAAAUUUGUGCCUUUUCUCUGUUUGUUUCAUAUAAUUUAACAAAGCAGCUGCUGAGGGUGUUUUGUUUGCAACACUUCAGCUAAAUUUCAAAACCUAAGCAGCUAUGACAAACAGUAUAAAUGACCUAUUUUUAGGGCACAACAUGAAGACCGUAAAUGUGUUUCAGAGCAGGCACUUUAAGGGCCCUCCCACAGCCCGGGGGCCCCCGGGGUUGUCAACGCACCUGUUCUCUUUCACCUCAUUGUCCUCGUAUGGGCGUUCAGCUCACUGCUGGGAGCACAUCAGAACAUGAAGAACAUCUCUGCUGGACGGACUUAACAGAAAACAAGAUUAUAACAAGAACUCAAUGGACUUUAUAAGUGAAAAAAAGAAGGAAAAAAAACCCACCUGGACUGCAGUUUAUGACUGAACAGUAGUUUCUGCCUGCGUGGAUCUUGCUAGCUGAUCAACAGCUUCAGCCAGUUCCUCUAAAUGUUAGCUGCUCACUGUGAUCCGAGCCUCCUGUGUGAAGUCGGGGCAGAAAAGUCUUGAAAACGACAGAGCUGUCAGUGUCACUCCAGGACAGACAAGAGACAGUAAAAUAUUCUAUAACCCAACACCUGAACUAUGCAUGCCUGCACCCCUCUGAAGCAUGGCUUAUAGCCGCACAACACAGAAUGAAGUCACAUCAGAUCUGAUAUCAGAACUAAAGCUCAGAUCAGUCACUAUAAUCCCCAAGCCAAAUGUAUGUUUUGUUUUGUUUUUUUGUAGAUGACACAUGAUUCUCCUUGUUUAAAGUUACAGAUCUGCCUGCAAGAAUCCAUUGAGCGUUGUAAAUAUCCUUCAGUGUUUGCCUCCACCUGCCUGGUUAAAGAGUAACUCCAUGUCUCCUUUUGUGCAAAGGAUUUGACAGGAAACGUUCAAUUUAUUUUCUCAAUUGCGGCUUUCAGUAAAGGACCAAUGGCAGGAUUUAAAUAAGAAGAGAAUAUGAGGUGGAGGAUAAAUAUGAUCCCAGCCGACUUUUUUUUUCUUCUUCUUUUUUUUUUUUGGUUAACUGGGGUGCCAGAUUGAACUCACCACUUUUUUUCUGAGCCAUUGGCUUCAACAGAAAAGACGCACAGGCCAAUUCUCUAUGUAUUAUAUCAUUGUAGAUUCAAGACACAAUGUAUUUCUCAAUUGGUUUUAAAUGUGAGUAAUUUAUCUGUUUAAUUCAAGGGAAUAAAUCACACAUAAGAAUGA